AUGUUUGCUCAAUCGAGCAUCCAUCUCGUCCUCCAUCUCGUCCUCCCUGCAGCCCUCGUCCUCCACGCCAUGGCGGGCUUCAAUCCAGACAUCUCCAACGGCACCUGCUACUACAACAGUGGAAGCGAGGCGCCAUCGAGGUUUAUCCCGUGCGGGAAUGCGGCCAUCAGACACAAGUCUUGUUGCGAGAGCAGUGAUAUGUGCCUCUCGUCGCAUGCUUGCUACAACGCUCAAUAUGGAGUUACCUAUCUGGCCGGUUGUACUGAUCCAGACUACGAAGACGAAGCGUGCCCCGUAAAGGGAGACUUCUCAGAUCAAACCUGGGCAGGCCUCGUUUACUGCAACGGCACCUCUGAGCAAUGGGUCGCCUGCGAAGACAGCGGAAGCACCGUCACUACCCCGUCGCCCUGCGCGUGUCCUUCGGCUUUGGAAUCGAGAACAGUCGCCUUCGCCGAUGCGUCUGUUCUCAACAACAUCAUGUCUCUACCGGCGUCGCUGCAGAUGAGUGUGACUUGGAAAGAUGUGGCAGCGUACGCGUCUGAACAUGCACUCACCUCGGUCCCAUCGGCAGUAAGCGCAUCUUCUUCUUCCAAAGUCUCAGCAACAACCCUACUGCCUCCGGUGUCUGCUAGCGCGUCGAGGACCGGUCAGUCUUCGAACGUGGUUUCGUCGUCGAUGAUGACAACAACAACAACAACAACAACAACAACCACAAACAACUCGACGGCGAUACUUUUCCCGACAAACGACCCAAAAGUGACGAAUGCUGGUCUCGAUACAGGUGGAAAGAUUGGAAUAGCCUUGGGGUCAGCGGCAGGUGCCAUCUUUCUGCUCGUCCUCCUCAGCUUCGCGCUACUUAGAUUCAGGAGGCGGAGACAAGAGCAAAAGGAGGCAGAGCCAUCCACACCGUCUGCGAAUGCGCAUGCGAAUGCGAUUGACUUGACCCGUCCGCAAUCAACUUCAGCCAAUACCGACCUGGACAUGCGAAGCCCGGCGUGGUCCGGCCACAAGUCUGAAUUGGCGGCUGACGAAACGACAAGUACCAUGUCGCCGACACCAGCAUAUUCCGAAUUCACCCGUCCACGACCUCAAAGUGCUGAGGUUCAAGGAAGCCCAGGUCGAUUAUCGACCACGGCCCGGCCAACGUGUGACGGAGGGUUUACGGUGCCUGGUCGCAAAGGGACGUAUUACGAGAUGGACGGUUGA